CUCGACCUUCCCUCGGCUAGGUACGGCUUCUGCCAUGAUACCUGGCAUUACCGAUCGAGACAUCCCGCCAGUCCCUCCUCUGUCGUACUGGGAACCCGAUACACCCGAACCGCUCACCUCGCCGUUGUCGCCGCACAACCCUUUCCUCUUCCCACCGCCGCUUCCUAGUCCAAGCGCUGGCUUCCCCAUGGCUUCACCCAUACUUCCAGCCUCUCCACUAUCCAUCUUUGACCGCGCCUUCUCGCCCAUGUCGCCUACCUUCCUGUUCCCUAGAACACCUCCGAUGAUCCCUUCCGAGAUGUCGCCACGCUUCCUGUGUCCGCGUACUCCGCCAAUACCGCCCUCGUUUCAAUCUAUAGUCGAGGCAAUGCAGCCGCAGCCGCAGCGCAGACAUUCCACAAUGUGCUCCGUGCCGUACAGCGAUACGGAAAAGACGAGGCAUCAGCAGCAAUACGAAAUGCUCAUUGCGCUGCGUGACAAGCUCAGAAUGGAGAGGGAGAAGAAGCAAGGAGACAGGCUUAUGGAGCGGGCGGAAGUGAUGGGUAUGCAGCCGGAAACGCGGUUGUUUAUGGGAAACAUGAUGAAGAAGCAAGAGAGGAAGAGACUCAUGAAAAGGAAGAGCUUUGAGAUGGUGAAGGCUGCCGCUGCGGGAGCUUGAGGGCGAGUGAUGCUUGGUCUGGCUCGAGAUUGGAUUGAACUUCUGGUGGAAGGCAUUCAACGAUAGGCGGUAUCUGGUGGCGUCUUCGAUUUGAUCGAUUCUGGGUGUUGAGCAUUUCUUUUGGUGCGUUCCUUUAGGUACAGGACUUGGGAUAGAGGUGUGCGUAGCGACAAUGCAAACUG